AAUAUGUUUUUUCUCCUAUUCAUUUGCCAAUUCUAUACAGGAAGGAAAAAAAAAAAAAAAGGGAAUCCUCAUGCGUCGUCGUUUCAAAACGAUUAUGGAUUCCAAUUCGCAACCGUGUCUGAACUGAAGAAAUGGAGAAACCCUAAACCCUCUUCUGCACAAACACUGUUUUAGAAAUCUGUAUAAUACCUGCAACUGCAACCAUAGAAAUGGUAGAAGAAGACGACGCUACUCAAAUCGACCAAUCCGCCCUCGAGAACCACCCGAAUCCUCCGCCACAAGAUCAGCAACAACCUCCAUUGUCCAAAAACGCCCAAAAGAAGCUAUUAAAGCAGCAAAGAUACGAGGCAAAGAAAGCAGAGAAGAAGGCAUUAGAAAAAGAACAUAAGAAAAAAGAAGCCGAAAGAAAGCGAAAAGAAUGGCAAGAAACCCUAGCCACCGUCUCCGAAGAAGAGAGAACCAAACUGAUAGAGUCGAGACAACAACUGAGGAAGGAAAGAAUGGAGAAACGGUCAGAGGAAAGAGAAAACAAAAUCCAAAGACUUACAGAAGCCAAAUCUAACGGUCAAAAAAUCGUCGUCGAUCUCGAAUUCUCUCAUCUCAUGACCUCCUCUGAGAUUCACAGCCUCGUUCAACAGAUAAUGUAUUGUUAUGCGGUGAAUGGAAGAUGUGCGUUGCCUUGUCACCUUUGGUUGACGGGAUGCAAUGGAGAAAUGGAGAAUCAAUUGGGAAGGCUGCCGGGGUUUGAUAAAUGGAUGAUUGAGAAAGAGAGUCGAUCGUAUAUGGAAGCGUUGCAAGAUCAUAAAGAGAGUUUGGUUUAUCUUACUGCGGAUGCUGAGACUGUGCUUGAUGAACUUGAUUUGAAAAAAGUGUAUAUUGUUGGUGGGUUAGUCGAUAGGAAUCGUUGGAAAGGGUUAACUAUGAAAAAAGCACAAGAGCAAGGAAUACAAACUGCAAAAUUACCUAUAGGGAGUUACAUGAAGAUGUCAUCUUCUCAGGUCCUUACAGUAAAUCAAGUGAUAGAGAUACUGCUCAAGUUCUUGGAAACAAGAGAUUGGAAGGCUUCAUUCUUUCAAGUAAUUCCUCAAAGGAAAAGAUACGACACUGGUUCAACAGGAGAUCAAGAAAUAGAUGGCGAAGAGUGUGAGGAGAAUAAGGAUGAGCCAUAUGAGAAGAAAAAGAAAUGCCUCGAGGUUCCUUGCAGCUAAGAGAAGAACUUACAACCUAGAACUUUCUGUCAACGAUUGAAGUGCGUAGUCUGUAACAUUUUUGAAUGGGAUAAAAAAAACUUUAGUCGUCCCUUGUUUUUUCUCUUUUAUUAUUUUUUCUUUAUCAAAAAUUUAUUUUUUAAGAAAUUUAUUUUUGGCUCAUCGUCUAUCAUUUUUA